AUGCCCACGGAUCGGUUGUGUGUUCUGUUCGGCUCGUGCGGUAGCGCCCCAGCUGAAGGCACUGGAGUGCGGCAGAGACUUCAAAAGAAGGUGGCUGAGACUGAGACUUUGCUGCGGCAGUUGCACGGGCGGAUUGAAGGCACAGAGUCCUCCACGCGCAAGGUCAAUCAAUCCGUCUGCAUCUUGGAGCGGGAACAGGAAGCGCUGGAAGAACCCGCCAUCAUUUGCGAGAGAAGGAUUUUGGUGCGUGGUCAACGGCCAGAGGAAGAGCUUAUGGAGGACGAUUUUCAGGUGGCGCUGCUGAACGAGAGGUUUGUCCUGGAGCAAGCCUACAAGAUGCUCAGUGCCUAUGUGGAUGCCGGCCACGAGCUGCAGGAAGCCUUGCAGGAACUUGGAAAACUCAUGAAAUCGAUCGACAAGAAGAUCGGAUACUGGAAGUGA